CUCACUCAAAUUUUCAAUUUAUAUUCUUAACUUCAUUUCCCAAAAAACAAAGCAAUCUUGCAAAUUACAACAAAUAUGGCUGCUUCAAGCAACUUCUCAAUCGGCCUCUUGUUGAUCAUAGCAUUAUUGUCCUUAUCAAGCAUAUCGACAAGUCAUGCUGCUCGUAGCUUACUGCAACUUCCCAACUUGCCUACAAUCCCGUCAUUGCCUCAACCAACAAUGCCACAAUUACCAAAUAUUCCAAACUUGCCCACAACAUUGCCCCCAUUACCAAGUGUAACAUCUCUGCCAGCACUUCCAACUGCUAAUUCACCUUUACCAUCUUUGCCCUCUGUCCCGAAAAUGACUCUGCCUCCAAUGCCCGCGAAUCCUCUGCCUAACAUGCCAUCACUUCCCAAAGUUCCUACAAUUCCAACACUUUCACCUCCUCCAUCUAACUAAUCUUGUUGCUUCCAACCGCGUGUUUACCUUUCUUACCACGUAUUCUUUUUGUUGUACUUUUAGUCGUUUAUGUGAUUCUCGACGAUGUACUGUAUCAUUUAUACACUUCUGAGUGCUAUACAUUGAUUGUCAUUUGUGUUAAUCUAAUGCAGUGUCUAUUACUGAUUCAUGUA